AUGUUAAAGGUGAUUACAUUGUUUUGGAUGGUUAACGUGAUGGAGGGAAAUGCACGAGAAGCCUGGGCUGGUGACCAAGAACGCCGCCUUUACACAAAAUUGGUCGACGGCUACAAUAAACUGGCUCGACCGGUGAAAAACGAGAGCGAGCCAGUGCUAGUGCUGCUCGGACUCGAUUUUCAGCAAAUUCUCGAUGUGGAUGAGAAGCACCAAAUCCUGCAUUCGAACGUCUGGUUACGCUUGGUGAGUGAAAUCGAGAAAGGUUUCGAGUGA